CAUUGCCGCCCUCCUUCCUCUCGCCUGCAGGUGCGUAAAUGAGGAAGAGGUGGCGUUGUAACGAAGAAGGGCGGGGGAGCGAAAGGCGAGCCUCGCAGGAGAGAGCCUGCAGGUGAGCCCCACCGGCCGGCCAGGAGGAGAUGAAACCCGGCGUGGAAGGUGGAGUAGAGGGCGUUCUUGGCCGGUCCGCCCCCCCCCCCCACCCGCGUGACUUCUGCCUUCCCUGCAGGCGAUGAGGGCAGGACCACCAUCAUGCUGGAAGUGAACCGGUUUAGCGCCGGCGUUGCUUCUCCUUCCAGUUGAACGGAGAGUGCCGGCCCCGCAGCCGCUCAAUGGGGGCUGCUCGGGGCUGCCCGGGGAUCGGCCCCUCGCUGCUCCUGAUGGCCGCCUUUGUGCCGUCUGUGGUAGCAGCAGCCGCCGCCGCUUCGGAAAAAGAGCUGAGCGAUCCGGCUGCCAUGCCAGCCAUCCAUCCCAGUCCCGGUGCAAACACCUUGCAGGUCCCGGCUGAGACCCCUUUCGAGGAGACCAGGCUCCACGUCUUUACUUUGGAUUACCCACACGUGCAAAUCCCCUUCGAGAUCACCCUCUGGAUCCUCCUGGCUUCCUUAGCCAAGAUCGGUUUUCAUCUCUACCACAAAUUGCCUCAGAUAGUUCCAGAAAGUUGUCUCCUUAUUGUGAUUGGACUGAUUUUAGGUGGAAUUAUAUUUGGGGUACAGGAAAAAUCUCCACCAGUGAUGAAGAGCGAUGUUUUUUUUUUAUAUCUUCUUCCUCCAAUUGUCCUCGAUGCUGGUUAUUUUAUGCCAACACGCCUCUUCUUUGAGAACUUUGGCACCAUUUUUUGGUAUGCUGUUGUGGGCACACUCUGGAAUUCUUUUGGCAUUGGCAUUUCCCUCUUUGCCAUUUGCCAGAUUGAGGCCUUCGGUCUGAGUGACAUCACUUUACUGCAGUGCCUGCUUUUUGGGAGUUUGAUUUCAGCUGUGGAUCCUGUGGCUGUGUUGGCUGUCUUUGAAAAUAUUCAUGUCAACGAGCAGCUGUACAUCUUAGUUUUUGGGGAAUCUCUCUUGAAUGAUGCUGUAACUGUGGUGCUGUACAACUUAUUCAAAUCUUUCUGCCAGAUGCAUACAAUUGAAGCCAUUGACAUAUUUGCUGGAAUUGCUAAUUUUUUUGUAGUUGGCAUUGGUGGAGUUUUGAUUGGAAUCAUUCUUGGAUUUGUAGCAGCUUUUACUACUCGUUUCACCCAUAAAAUUCGAGUGAUUGAGCCACUGUUUGUCUUCUUAUACAGUUACCUAUCGUACAUAACAGCUGAAAUGUUUCACCUUUCAGGGAUUAUGGCGAUUACAGCAUGUGCUAUGACCAUGAAUAAAUACGUGGAAGAGAAUGUUUCUCAGAAAUCAUAUACUACUAUAAAAUAUUUCAUGAAAAUGCUGAGCAGUGUCAGUGAAACUCUUAUCUUUAUUUUCAUGGGAGUAUCUACAGUAGGAAAAAACCAUGAAUGGAACUGGGCCUUUGUUUGCUUCACUUUGCUAUUUUGUUUGAUUUGGCGUUCAUUAGGAGUUUUUGCAUUGACUCAGGUAAUAAAUGUAUUUCGGACAAUUCCUAUAACAUUUAAAGACCAGUUCAUUAUCGCCUAUGGAGGCCUCCGAGGAGCUAUAUGUUUUUCUCUGGUCUUCCUGCUCCCUUCUGCUGUAUUUCCUAGAAAGAAGCUUUUCAUUACCGCUGCUAUCGUAGUGAUAUUCUUUACUGUGUUCAUUCAGGGAAUGACAAUUCGCCCAUUAGUGGACUUUCUUGAUGUCAAAAGAUCAAAUAAGAAGCAACCAGCAGUCAGUGAGGAAAUCUACUGCCGGUUCUUUGACCAUAUCAAGGCUGGUGUUGAAGAUGUGUGUGGACACUGGGGUCACAACUUUUGGAGAGAUAAGUUUAUAAAAUUUGAUAAGAAAUACCUAAGAAGACUUUUAAUUAAGGAAAAACAACCAAAAUCAAGUAUUGUUGCCCUGUACAAGAAAUUGGAAAUAAAACAUGCCAUUGAAAUGGCAGAGAAUGGGAUGUUAAGCACAGUUCCAUCUCUAGCUUCUAUCAAUGAGCCUGAAGAAGGAGAAAAAAUAAAUACACCUUAUUCUGGCCAAAUGGAAAACAUAAGAGAGAUUUUAACAAAGAAUCUGUAUCAGAUACGACAAAGAACUCCAUCAUAUAAUAGAUACAGUCUUGCUGAAGAUGCAAAUGAAAAGCAAGCCAAAGAAAUUUUGAUUCGUCGCCGACAUAGCCUAAGGGACAGCAUUAGGAAGAGCAACAGUUUGUCAAGAACAGUGCACAUGAAAUCACCACGUUACUUAUCACUACCUAAAAAUGCUAAACUUGCAGAGAAAACACGGAAAAGAAAUCAAUCCUCCUUUAAAGUAAGUGACAGCAGUGAUUCUGAAUCUGACCAUACCAUGGUGCUGAAUUUAAAAUCCCAAGCGGGAAAAAUUUUGAGAGAUCAAAGACUUCGUCAGCAACAAUGCAGAAUUGAGUGGAAGAAUGAAACGGGCAGAGACAAUGGUGGUACAGCGAGCUAUCCUCAAGGAACAACAAGAGGCUUCCGGCAACCACUGUUGCCAAGGCCAGCAUUUGGCACAGUGAAUGAAGAGUCAACUGAAGAUGACAGAUCAGUCAAGCCCCUGCCACCACCUCGAUUAGCCCGGCAAGCAUCAAAAGCUGAAAGGCCAAGAGAUAAAUCUGAGAAUAAUCAUAGCAAUAAUUACUAAACAGAUACAAACACCCAAACAGUACAUAUACUAGAUUAGCCUGAUGUAAAUGGCAAUAGGGCAGUUGGAUUAAAAACCUGGCCCUAGACUUGUGGGGGGUGGUUAGGAAGGAAAGAAAAUCUAGACAGAAAUCAAGUAGGAAGAAAUUCUUAGCUGCUCUGGGACCAAAUAAUGUAAAUUAUACAAUGAAGACAACUUUGAUCAAUUAUAUAUUGUAUGCCUGACAUGUGACUUAUCUUUAAAGGAAAGGCUACCAGAAAAAUCUAGACCAUCACUAGAGGUAGUCCUAAACAAAGUCAGAUUUUAAUUAGGAAUUACACUAAAAAUUUCCGUCCUGUUAAAAUAUAUCCAAUGUGCCAACACACAGUAAGGGAUACUUUAAAGAAGAUUCUGUAAGAACAAAGUUAUCUUUAUUUGGAAAUACAAUCCCUUCGUAGUUUUUUUUUUUUUUUUUAAUUUGAUUUAUAUGCCGCCCUUCUCCGGAGACUCAGGGCGGCUUACAAUGCGUUAAGCAAUAGCCUUCCUACUUUUGUAUAUUUAUACAAAGUCAGCUUAUUGCCCCCACAAUCUGAGUCCUCAUUUUACCUACCUUAGAAAGGAUGGAAGGCUGAGUCAACCUUGAGCCUGGUGAAAUUUGAACUUGCAGUAAUUGCAGGCAGCAGAUGUAAGUGGAUGUUAAUUAGUCUGCUGAGCCACCAGAGCUCCUAAGGUUCAAAGGAGCUUACUUUUAGGUAAAAGGGAAUAAAUUUUGCACAUUAUUAAAACUGCAUACUUGAACCACAAAGCCAACUAUAACAGUUGUCAACUAUUUUCUUGACAAUCUUUUACUCCUUACAUUCACUCCUCUGAUUUGCUAUUAUGAAUCACAGAUCUGUUCACGGAUAUUGAUAGGAGCUUGUAUGAAGGUUGUCCCUAUUUGUAUGUCCAUAUGCAACAUGACCUGUACAAAUGGGGCAGGGGACUUGGAUCACAAUAGCACAAUGCUCAUUCUGCUCCUCUUCCCACCCACACAUGUAUUCAGAAGGUACAAUCCUCUGUAAACCAUUGCUUACUGUUUGUCUAUAUUAUUUGUUAAUAAUAAUGCAUAGAUUAUUCUGCUCAUCAACUCAUGUAAUAUUCAGGCUGCCUUCAAAGUCCAAAUUCUAAUAUUCUGUAGAAAUGUAAAUAGCACAACUACUGGUUUCAAUCAUCAUGCUUUUAACUAAGUUAAUGGUCUUAAGUUUAUUUAUUUAUUUAAACAUAUUGAAGUUAUUUUGAAAUUAUGUGUCCCUAGCUAGAGAUUUUUUUUUUUAAAGCAGCAAUAUAAUUAAAAGAAUCUUUGCUUUAAGACAAACAGGAGUGUCUUUAAAAGUCUUGCUGUAAUACUCUCUUAACAUGCACUAUUAUUAAUGAUCUCAUUUCUUUGAAAAUAGUUUGCUAUUUGAAGAAAAAAUAAAUAAAAUGCACUUAUUGUACAUACCCACAUACAUACAUACGUUUAAUCACAAAUCAGAACAUUAUUAGAUUAGCUUUAUUGAUUAGCCUGUAGGCUAUAUCAACACAAAUCAAAAGUGUUUUCCAAACAGUUAUUGGUCCUAAUAAUAUGCUCUUUUUGAUAGAAUGCUAGAAAUAUAGACUUAAAUUAAUCAGUAUUUGCUUUACAAAUGAAAUUGUCUACGGAUAGUAAAAAAAAAUAAAUGCAAUGGGGCUCCAGAAUAUGUGAUGGUGAUACAUUAUACUUUUGACUUAGGCCGCCUAAGCAUAGUAACAGUAUUGUAGUGCAUUGUUGUUUGACGCUGUUGCUUUGAGCUGAAAUUCAGUUCAACAUUAAAUGGCUGAAAAAAAGUCUUUAGUGCCAUCUAUUGGUAAAUACACAAAUAAUUUCCUUUGGUCUUUUAGAAUAGAAAACUCUGUUCUUGUCAACAUAAAAGACAUUGUUUUAAAUAUAUCAGCCAUCAGCUGAUGUUAUUACUUUUAAUGCAGGCCAUCUCUGGAGAAGAAUCUGAUAAUAUUUUGACAACAUAAAAGUUACUUGGACUUUUGGAUGGACAUUGAUAAGGUGCAAUGGGAACAAAUGUUCUUUAUUGAUAUCUAUUAAGAAACAGGAUAAGGUAACAUUUGCAGAAUUAGCCAAAUUGACAAUGUGAGAAAAUUCAAACCUAAUUUAUUGGUACAAUGUUAACACUUUCAUCCAGCAUAUGGUUAAGUCACAUGUUACACAGGAACGCAGCAUACUUCAACCCUGUUGAAAUUACUAUUAAAACCACUAUUAAAGAAGUGGUUUGGAGUUUUGCUGUACUGUACAUCGAGACAGUAUACUUUUUUCCUGCUCCUGUAAUUUUGAUUCAUAUUUGCAUUAUAGGCUGUCACCUACUAUUGCCACAUGAAGGAAUAUUUGCUAAUUAUAACCAUUUUGACUCAGCUGUACAGUUUAAUAAGAAUGGUUAAAAAUUCAAAAACUCACAAAAGAACUUAAGAAUUGAAGGUCUCAUAUUAUUUUGCACACAUUUAUAAUUUCCAUGUUUUAUGAUCGUUUGGAGUGCUGCAAGGAAUAAUUCUGCCACAUUACUACAAUCCUGACUGAUGGGAGUUUAAGGAAAAUUUGGCAUGCUAGAAAAUAAAUCACUAACAGGAAUUAAGGUUGAUAUAAUUUUCAUGAUUAAACAAAACCUGGACCCUGAUAAUGAAAAACUUGCAGAAUGAAAUUCCUUUUCUACAUUCAGAUGAAUCUGAAGCUCUUGAACACCUUUUUCUGUAUUCUUUGUAGAAAAGCUCCAAUAAUUAUUAUGAUGAAGCCUUAAAAGGUAAAUUUCCUGCUGGUGCUCAUGAAUGCCCUUCCUAAUUCUCUCCAUCAAGAUAAAAAUGUGGAAAUGUAAGAAACAGAGUUUUGUGGUAGCAUGUCUCACAGGUAACAAUGAAAUUAGUUUUUGUAGAGGAAAAGUAUUUGUAAGAACUCACAGAACAGAAAAUGUCAUUAUCACUGAAUGUAAUCAUUACUGACCACUAAAAGAAGUAUUUUUUAUUAUAUUUCAUUUUAUUUCUUUCUAUUCUUUGUAUUAUUUUUAUAAAUAACUCAAGGCUGUGAACAUAUUGAACACCUGUUUUUCCUCCUAUUUUUCCCACAACAAUAACCUGUGGGGUGGAUUGGGAUGAGAGACUUUCAAGGCUAGGGGAGAAGUAGAACUCAUGGUCUCCUGCUUUCUAGCCUGGUGCUUUAACCACUAGACCAACUAUCUCCAAACUUUGUUUUUAACUGCAGUGUAUACAUGCAUGCAGUACAUACAUACACAUUUCAAUAUUCCGAUGAAUACACCAAUACAUUCACUAUGUCUCUCACAUGAGCCGUGGUGGAGCAGUGGUUAGAAUGCAGUAAUGCAGGCUACUUCUGUUGCCUGCCGGUUGCCUGCAGUUUGGCAGUUUGAUUCUCACUGGCUCAAGAUUGACUCAGUCUUCCAUCCUCCGAGGUCAGUAAAAUUAUCGUUGGGGGCAAUAUGCUGACUCUGUAAAUCGUUUGGAGAAGGCUGUAAAGCACUGUGAAGUGAUAUAUAAGUCUAAGUACUAUUGCUCUUUCUAUUGCUGCAAACCAUUCUUGCUUUUAUUACAAUCAUAUGCUGGUUUGUAUAUUGCCAUUUUUUACUCUUUGUGAGAUUCUCAUUAGCUCAACCGAAUUAUAAGAUUCUCAAUUUUUGCUUCCUUCUUGAUCAUUCACUUUUUCUUCAUAUAGUUGUUUUUUCAGCUCAGUCGUAUAUUCUAUCUGACCAAACCAUCUCAAAGUAUUUCAUCUACAGUAAUAAUGUCAUGCCCCCCGUCGGAAUCUGAAUCUGCGGGGGAAGAUGAGGUGGAACAAGAGCCAACAGAGAUCGAGAGGAUGGCUCUGUUGGUCUUGGAUGAAACUGGGGAAGGGCAGAGUCAGUCCGGGCAAGGUUUUUCAGAUCAGAAAGGCUUGCAGACAGGGAAGAGCAGAAGAGGCAGAGGUCAGGCGAAGAGCAAGGACCACCCCCUCCUGAUCCUAGAGCACGCAGAGAAGAGAGAAGGUGAGAACAACACAGACUGAGCUGGUUACAAGGGAAGAGAGUGCCCACCCCGUUCACAAGGCACACCUGGUGAUUGAGAUGUAAGGAGAUGCCGGUGGGAGUGGCAUUUGUUGGGAACAAGUGUUGAAUCUGUGGAGCCUUGUGUGCACUUGCCGAUCCUGGAGAUUACUGUUCUCUGUCUUGAAGGGCUUGCCCUAUUUGCCUGCUUCGCUGAACUUCUUCCUCUGGUUACUGUUUGGCUAACCUGGUUUACUGGAUUGCUUGACCUGGAUACUGUUUGGCUAACCUGACUUACUGGACUACUGGCAGCCAGAGACUGCUGAAGGUGCGUGAGAGCUUUGCUCCAGGACUUGUAGUAAAUGUGGGGACGUUUGGGGGCAAAGUUGGAGCAAUAAAGGAGAGUUAGACCUGUU